AUGGCUUCCACCUCACUUUUUGCAGCCUUCAUCGCCCUUCUUGCAGCCACCCGCGCUCAGGAUGUGGUUAUCCCUGGCGCCAGCUCAUACAACGGCCUGAACUUGGUUCCUCAGAUGGGCUGGGACAACUGGAACGCCUUCCAUUGCGAUGUUUCCGAAGAGCUCCUGCUCAACACCGCCCAAGCCAUGGUCGAUUUUGGCCUGCGCGAUUUGGGCUACAAAUAUGUAGUUCUCGACGACUGCUGGUCUUCCGGCCGCAACGACUCUGGCUAUCUCGUCCACGACGCCCAGAAAUUCCCCAAUGGGAUGAAGUAUGUCGCCGACAAGAUUCACAACCUGGGCAUGUUGUUCGGCAUGUAUAGCUCCGCCGGAGUCUUCACCUGCGGUCGCUACCCAGGCAGUCUGGGCUACGAGCAGAAGGAUGCCGACGUAUUCGCGUCGUGGACCAUCGAUUACCUAAAAUAUGAUAAUUGCUUCAAUUUAGGACAAUCUGGGACGCCUAAGAUCAGCUUUGAUCGGUACAAUGUCAUGAGCAAGGCGCUCAAUGCCACUGGGCGCCCUAUUGUGUACGCAAUGUGCAACUGGGGCAACGACGACCCCUACGACUGGGCCUACUCCAUCUCCAACAGCUACCGCAUGAGCGGCGACAUCUACGACAGCUUCCAGCGCCCGGACGCCCGUUGCCCGUGUACCGAGACUCCUUGCGCCUGGCCCGGUUUCCACUGCUCCGUCAUGAACAUCCUGAACAAGAUGGCUCCAAUCGUGCCCCGCUCGCAGUCGGGAGCCUUCAACGACAUGGACAUGCUCGAAGUCGGAAAUGGCGGCCAGUCCGACUCCGAGUACGUCGUCCAUUUCUCCAUGUGGUCGCUCAUGUCCUCCCCCCUGCUCAUGGGCACCAACAUCCCGACCCUGUCCCCGGCCAACCUCGCCAUCUACUCCAACCCGGCCGUCAUCGCGCUCAACCAAGACCCUUCGGCCAGCGCCGCCAACCGCGUGUGGCGCUACUACGUGCCGGACGUCGACGCCGACGGCAUGGGCGAGAUCCAGCUGUGGACGCGCUCCCUCGACAACGGCGACAAGGCCGUCGCCCUCAUCAACACGGGCAACAGCAGCAGGAUGAUGAACGCGACCAUCGACGACAUCUUCCUCGACGAGGCCACCGCGGGCGCCUAUCUGCCCCCCGCCCAGCUGAGCACGACGUGGGAUGUGUACGAUCUCUGGGCGAACCGCAUGUCCGAGGAUGAGGCUGCGGCGAUUCUGGCGGGGAAUGCGACGACGGUGGAGGAGGGCAGUCUGACGAGGUAUAACGCGACGAAGUUGAGCUAUGCGGAUGGGCUGAAGGCGAAUCAUACUGCGCUGUUUGGGACGAAGGUCGGCCAGUUGCUGCCCGGUGGGAAGCUGGAGGCGAGGGUAGAUAGACAUAGUAUCGGGUUGUUUAGGCUGAGGCCUGUGGGCGGAAAUCUGAAGAAGAGGGAUGAGUUGUGA